GAGUCGAGAGGUGCAUCCUGUUCCUCUCUCGAACAAAGAGGAAAUGGAAAAUAAAUCGAAGUCGAAGGCGGCGAUAGUUAAGCUGAAACCUAUUGAGGCGACACCGGAAAGCUUCGAGGAGUACGGACAAGUGAUUGAAGCAUCGCCUGACGGCGAAGAGUUUGGUCCCAAAGAUGCUCAACUGGACCUUAGCCGUGGAAUCCCUAGGUUUUAUGUCAUGCGUCUUGAAGACCGGCCACUCAUGUUUUCCACAAUUACACAUCAUGCGAGUGUGACCCAAUGCCUUGGAUCAAUUGGAGGUCAUGUUUGGUAUCUUGGAGUUGCUAAGCCAUCCAUUUUAGAUUCAAAAGAAAAUAAGAAUGACCCUGAAAAACCCUUAGCACAGUCACACUGUGGGCAUUUCUACGUGCCUCCAGCAGUUGAUAACGUGAGAGUAUUCAGAGUUGCAGGCCCGAGGUUUCUAAAACUUAAUCGUGGAACAUGGCAUGCAGGGCCUCUAUUUAAGGGGGACUUCAUGGACUUCUACAAUUUAGAACUGAGCAAUACUAAUGUGGUGGAUCAUACAACACAUGACUUCAUCAAGAAAAAUGGAGUUUUAUUUUCAAUCGAUGAGUAGCUGUAUGUACAACUUAGAUUUUUAAAUCCAUGUCAAGAGAUUCAAGUAAUGUGAGAGUUGUAAUGUCUGGAAUGUACAAAAAUACUCUUAACAUUGUACUAUUUACUAUGAGAAUAUAUUCAAUGUUAUGUUUGCAAUUAACUGGUUGGAGCAUUUGGUUCGUAAUGGAUCACAAUAAAUAGACAGAAAUGUU